GGGAACGUCGCCGGUCACGUCGGAUUUCUUCUCGUCUUCCGAUGAUCCGCCGACGCCGAGUCGUUAGGCUCCGAUUCCAUUAGCAACUCGCGGCGCCGAAACCUCGCUGCGGCGGCGGCGGCGGCAGCGGCGAGCGCUUUCUCGGUGCCUCUGCCCGUGCCCGGGCCUGUGCUGGUGUGCGCGCGAAUUGAGAGCUCCACUGAUCGCGAUCUCUCGCUCUCGUGCCCGCGAGCUCGUCGAGGAAGCACAGAUCUUGUGGAGGUCCUGGCAUAUAUCUAUUGCACAUAGAACAACAAUAGGAGGAUUCAUUGACUGUGGAUCAACAUCUCGUUGACAGGCAUUUCCUUAUUUCAGUCACCAUGGAUAGAGAAAACUCUUCUCCUACCAGACCCAAAUGGAGAAAAGUGGCGUAUGGAGGGAUGCAGCCUGGAUAUGACGACAAUUAUACGGAUGAUUCUUUCCUUGAAGGUAUGGUCACGAAUGCCAAUGUCGUCAAACGGGAUUUAAUGAAGGUGAUGCGAGACUCGGUUUCGAUUUCUCAAUACCUAUGCAUUGUUGUUCUGGUUGGUGUCGUUUGGACCUACACCUUGAACUCUAGUCUCAGUGAGAAGUCUCUCCUGCUUAUUGAUGCGAGCCUUCUGAUGUCGGGGUUCAUGAUUCUGCUGCUCACAGAAAAGAUGCUCUCGCUCAAUCAGCUUCUCCAUUAUUUAGCGAAUGUUGCCUUCUUUACAUCCGGGUUGUAUGUCUUGGCUCCUAUCUACAGAACUCUAACGACGUCCAUAAGUUCAGACUCCAUCUGGGCAGUAACCGUUUCACUGAUGAUCAUCCAUCUAUUCUUACACGACUACGCGCGAAGCACGGUACAUGCUUCAGGAACCUGGAAAAAUCCUACCUUGACCAGUUGCAUAUCCCUGAAUGCCUCUAUUGUGGCUUCAGUUUUCGUUGCUUCUCGCCUUCCUUCAUCCGGAUAUGUCUUUGCUAUAAUGCUGUUCUCUCUCGUCAUUUUUCUUUUUGCCCCAUUAGUCACUCAUUGCAUAAAGAAACGGUCUUUUUGUUUACAUCUCCUGUUCUCAUUCGUGUUAAUGGCUGUUAGUCUGGCUUUUGUCUAUAAAUUGCAUCGGGUGCUUUUCUUCAUGUUUCUAGUUUUGCUGGUGUUUGUUUGCCGUGGUGUGCCCUUACUGGCUUAUAAGGAUACAGGAAUACAAGUUUGAGAUCAACGGCCCUUGGGACGAGGCUAAGCUCUGUUUCGAUGUAACCGACUGAGGGCAAUAACAGAAGUUUCUUGUUUCUUUUCACUCUUCAUUUCACCAUGCUGAAAUUUGCAACAGCCAAAUAUGUCGUGGUACUUAUCAUUUGCUAUUUCUUCUUUUCUCAAGUUUGAGAUUA